AUGGUCUCUUCCUUGACAGAUCUACCCGUCGAGGUGCUUAUCGACAAUGUGUUGCCUGCCGUCGAUCUGGCCGAUCUAGGGAGCCUUGCUGCAACAAAUAAGACCAUGGCUACCAUAUGUGCCGACGACACUUUUUGGAAGCGCAAGUGCUUAGAAGACUUCAACUUUCACAGCAGCGAGACGGCUCGGACGAGUGGUUGGAAGGUACUUUAUCGUGGGCUCUUCCGCCCAAGGAUAUUCGUCUGGGGUGAGAGACGCAAUGGACGUCUUGGUCUGCAAGAGCUGCCGAGGGGGCUCGGGGCAGGUGUUCCGUACCCACUCGAGGUCCGGAUCCCAGGGCAUCGUAUAGUCUCCUUGGCAGCUGCUGGAAUGUCAUUCUAUGCACUAGACUCUAAAGGUGUGAUGUUCGCAUGGGGUACCAUGAACGGCGAAGGUAUGGCAUUCAGCUCAGACGGCUUCUCCGUCGAGCACAAGACGGCGCCUGUACCCCACAAGCUCAUCAUGCCUACACCAAUCCGCACCGUUAGCUGCGGGAGAUUGCAUACGGUCGCUCUUGACGCGAAGUCUCAAGUGUGGACAUUCUGCAACUGGGGCAGGCCGUUCCAACUGGCAUCUGCACUGGUCGACCGCCACUCGCCUGAUACGACGCCCGUACAAGCGGAAGCUGGCUGGAGUUUUAGCGCGAUACUGACUCAGUCCGGCGAUGUUCUUGUCUACUGGCAAAACUCGGGAACGAUGGGACGAGCAUUCACGGAGCAGAUGUCACUUAUGGAUCGUAACGACGAGACGAAGGCAAGGGCGGACGGCCAACACAGAAUUCCCUGUGCAACCUGGGAAAUGUUGCAGGACCCAGUUCGUCUCCGCCCUAUCCCGGACCUUCCAACUCUCGCGGACAACGGUCUGUCCCAAGAAGAGCAGGCGGAGCCUACGAAACUCGUCAGGAUCGCCGGUAUGGACAAUAACCUCAUCGGGCUCACCAAUAAGGGCCAUGUUCUCCUACAUCGUGGCUUGGACAAUGACAGACUUGCCCCGGGGGCUCACUGGGAAUAUCUGCCUGAAUUCAGCGACAUACAUGCGUUGAAGCGUAACCCGAUAUACGCCGAUGACACACUACAAGCACCAGAGACUAUGCGUAUAACUCAUGUGACUGCCCAUUUCCAUAAGUUCGUUGCGUACUCCACCGGAACGCGGUCCGUCAUCCUGAUGGGAAACUCCGACACCGGCCCCCUCUCCAGACCCGAGAUCAUGCCCGCCCUACAAAAUCGAAGCGUGAUCAACGUUCUACUCGGCGACUAUCACAAUGCUGCUCUGACUUCGGAUGGCAAGCUUCUCACUUGGGGGAGCUACUCGAACGGCGCGUUGGGCCUCGGCGACCCUCGUCAGCUACCUGCCGGUGCUCCAGGUGGAUAUGAGAAUGAGGAGAGACGUCAGCGAGUCAUAGCCCAGAGUUUCAUAGCUGAUCCCCCAAGCGUCACGGAGCCUGCCGAAGUCCGCUUCGAUCACAACGGGGAGAAAGGCAGGAAGUUCGUGUUCGCGGCGACCGCGGGCGGAUGGCACACCGGUGCUCUGGUCAUGAGCCUAGAGCCCGAGAAGGACAGAUUGGAAGAACAAGAGGAACAGCAGAUGCCCGGUGCCUUCCCUGGGGCGCAGAACACAGAGACCGUACCUCCUCCUCCAGAAAUGGGCCAUACGUGGGGACCUGGAGAAAUGCCGGGCUUCCCAGUGCCGGCAGGGGGUGGCUUCCGAGGAGGGAUAGGUGGGAGGAUCUUCCGCAUCGGCUAUGCAGGGAGGGGUAUGAAUCGUGGGGCAUACGGACCCGGAGGCCGUGGUCGUGGUGGGCAAGCGUGA